UUGUAUAAUUUGCGAAGAGUGGUUGCAAAAAUUUUAAGUUAGAGAAUGUGUAUUAAAUAACUAAAUGAAUUGUUUAAAAAUAUUUUAAAAAAUAAUUUCAUUCAAAACAAGUGGUCAUAAAGAAGUUAAUUAUAAUUAAAAAACUUAAUUUUAAAAAUAUCUGCUAAGGUAACGUACAAAAGCUUGCCAUAUAUUCAAAAAGAAGAAAUAAAAGAAGCCAUACCACCUCUUGGCCUCCGAAUUGAAUUUCGGGAGAAGCUCUUUAAAUGGAAAAAACAGCAGUUCGAAAUUGAUGACGAAACGAUUUCAGUCGAUUCGAAGGUCGACAAUUGGAUGUCUGAUGAAGGUUUCAGUGGCAAAAGAGUUUUAAAUAAGUGUUUGAUAGAUAUUUUAAAAGAAACGGCAGGCGGAAGGGCGAUAUUAGAAUACAGAACGAAAAAGCUAACUAUCGAUCAAAGGGAUUUCCUUAUAAAAAUAAUAGUUGAAGAAGUUAUGUGCAGCCAGAUUAUAAUAAGAGUUCCAGAUUUUCCGUUAUUGGUAAAUGAAAUAGUCUCGAUAUUUCCAUCAGAAAAAGAAGUUCAGGGUUAUUAUUUUAUUUCAAGAGGCUGUAAAGGCAGUCCAAGUGGAAAGUUAUACUUUAAGUAUAAAAACUGUCGCCGUAAACGUGGAAUAUUUGAUUCCUCUGUGUCCAGUCAAGACGAAGCAGAAAACACAUCAGAGCAUAUAGAUGAAGAGAUAGAUGAAUCUGUUGCUACAGCUUUUAAAACAUCUUUAAAUAGAGAUUCAUCAGAUUGGGCAGAUGUUUGUGAGAAAUGGAAAAGAACAUAUAAAAUACGUCGCCGGGAAUUACAGAAUCUAAAUAACAUCGAUUUUCUACAAUCAUGGCCCAAACUAUGCCAUGCGAAAGCUUCCGAUUUGAUAAACAUUGAUUUCGAUUUUUUGUACUCUGGAAAAAAAUUAAUGCUUUUUUCCAAAUGGGAAGAGUUUAAAAAUAAAAUGUUUGGAUAUUAUGAAAAACACAUAGUUAAUGAAGUGUCGAAACAACUAGUGACAAAGGCGAAAGAAAGUGAAAAUAUAGAUUAUCAAGAUUUUAUAAUUACAAUAUUAUUGAAUUCAAUAUUUCAAUCUUCCGCCCGUUUUAAAAAUAACGACGGGAAAAAAACGAAAAAGGUCACCAUAUCAGACUCGGAGGAAAGUUUUGUCCUCCAACUACCAACACUCAAUGAUUAUAAAAGGAGAGUGGAGGAUAUAAUAAAUAAAUAUUAUUCAGCCGGUUUGACAGUCCAGCCGUUUUUAAUUGUGGAAGGUAAUGGAACUGAUAUAAAAGGAUUUUAUAUAUAUUUUGACAAAAAUUUACUUAAAUUUGAUUCUUUUAUUCAAAGUCUCGAUGUUUGUUUUAAAAUAUUUCAAGUACUUUCAUUAAAAUACCCAAUAGCAUGUGAACAAUCUUGGUUGUUUAUUCAAAAAUACUUUUUUGAAAUUAAUACCAAAUUUGAUUCUUAUUCAUCUAAUAUUUUUUCGGUUAUAAAUUAUUUAAACAAUUGAGAUAUACAAUAUGUAUAUCUGUUUCAAAUGUAAAAAAACAAUUCAGACACCAACACUAUUAAUUAUACACCUUAAAUCAAUUCAUUUGUUAACUCGUCAAUCUUUAAAAAUUAUUUGUAUGCAAAAUUUUUGUAAACAAACUUUUACCAACUUUUCCUAUUUUCGUAUUCAUUUAGAAAAUGUCCACAAAAAUGAUUGUUUACAAAACAAUCCUAUAUCUUUUAAAUCAAGUCAUUUUAACGAUUCUUUUGGCAUGCCAAAAACACAAUCUGCUCCUACUUCUGUUAAAAUUAAGCAAAAUCUUCCAUUCAAUCUGCAGGAAUUAAAAUUUAAAGCUCUUGAUUUAUCUUUAAGCUUAUAUAAUAAGAAUUCAAUGCCUAGAAAUCAUGUUAUUGAAGUUCAAAACUUAGUAACUUCAUUAGUUUCUUCUAUAGCAGUUACAAUUAGUAGUUUACUUGAAGAAGGUGAAAUUAAAAAUGAUUUAAACACUAUUUUGAAUUUUUGCAAAAGACCUUUUGAAGAUAUAUUAACGGAAUAUAAAAUGAUAAAAUUGUUGAAAAAUUUAAAUUUAUAUGAAGACCCAAAAUUAAUUGUUAUCGACGAAAAAAUCACUGAAAUAAUAUUUCACGGAAAUCCCACUUUAGGACCUAAAACAUAUUUUGUUAUUAUUAUGCCUUUACGAUUUAUGCUUAAAUCGAUUUUCGAAAUACCCAAUCUUCUUAAUGAGACUUUGGAAAAUAUUCGACACAGCUUAUCAGACGAAAAUUUUAGCAGUUUUGCAAACGGAGAAAUUUUUAGAAAAAAAAUGCAACAAUUUCAGUCUGAUAUAGUAAUUCCAUAUAUCUUGUACUUUGAUGAUUUUCAAAUAAACAACCCCCUUGGAAGUCAUACAUACUCCAUUUGCGGUUGCUAUAUACAUUUUCCGUUAAUGCCAAAAUAUCUUCUAUCACAGCUUCAGUUUAUUUUUCCGGCUGCAUUUAUAUCUACAUCUAAUCUUAAAGAAUGUGGCAAUGAACGUUCCUUUAGCUCUCUUGUAGAAGAAUUAAAGCUGUUAGAAUGUGGAAUAGAAAUUACUGUGGGUAAUGAAAUUCGUAAAGUUCAUUUUAUUUUGGGUUUAAUAGUUGGCGAUAAUUUAGCAGUUAACAGCAUUUUAGGCUAUGUUCAAUCUUUCAAUGCAAAAAGAUAUUGCCGCGUUUGUAGACGAGAGAGGUCUGAAAUGCAGUUUGAUGCUUGUGAAAUUAAGGAAAACUUAAGAAGUAGUAUUACUUAUGAAAAUGAUUUAGUUGAAAAUAAUUACAAAGAAACAGGUUUGAAGAAUUCCUGCAUAUUUAACACCUUAAAAUACUAUAACGUUUGUGAGAAUUUCUCAUUCGACGUAAUGCAUGACAUAUACGAAGGCGUGUGCAUGUAUGAUGUUUGCAAGGUUUUAUUUGCGUUAAUAAACGACAAUAUAAUAUCAUUGAAUACUAUUAAUAGUAGAAAAGAACUCUUUACGUAUGGAGAAACAGAAAUUGGAAAUACUUCUGGUCCUUUAAGUCUUGAGCGAUUAAAAUCUUGUAAUUUAAGAAUGACAGCCAGUGAAAUAGCUUGUUUUAUUCAUUUUAUACCAUUAAUGAUUGGAGACUUAGUACCUAUUGAUAAUAAACAUUGGCAAAUUUUACUUAUUUUAUUGGACAUAAUUGAUAUGUUGUUUAUGUCAAAAUAUUCUCUAAAUGACUUAGAAAAAUUUAAAUUAUUGGUAAACAAGCAUCAUGAAUUGUACACAACUCUUUUUGGUACAUUAAAACCUAAACACCACUUUCUUGUGCACUACGCAACUGCUAUACAAAAAUGUGGUCCUUUAAAAUAUUUAUGGAGCAUGCGCUUUGAAGCUAAACACAAGGACGCAAAAACCUAUUUUAACAGCAUUACAUCUCGGAGAAAUCCAUCAUAUUCAAUAUCAAUUAAAAAUGGUUUUAAAUUUUCUAAGUUUUUAAUAGAACACAAAACAGGAUUAAAACCAAUUUUUACGUCACGUCCUACAGAUUCUAAAAUUUCGACACAAUAUUUUGAUAUUAUUGACGAAAUACAAGAAAUAUGUUCGGAAGGAUAUGAGUUAUCUGAUGAUUUGACAUUUAAGGGCACACAUUAUAAACCAGCAUAUUAUUUAGGAAUUGACAGAUUUGAACUAGGAGAAUUUGAAUUAUAUAAAAUAAUAUAUAUAAUCAUAAGUAAUAAUAAUGAAAUUUUUUUAAUCUGCAGGAAGGUAACAAUUAAACAUUUUGAUACUCAUUUUAGAGCAUAUGAAAUUGGUUCGAUAAUAAAUAAAACACUGAUUAAAAAUAUAAAUGAAUUUAAUACACCUCCUUUACACUUGUAUCCACUUAAUAAUGGAAAAACCUACAUUAGAAUUAAACGUAUAUUUUAAUAAAAAUAUUUCCUCUUAAUGUAUCAUACUAUUAUUUAAAUAUGUUAUUUACAUAAAAAAUAAAAUACGAAAUAUAUUAAAA